AUGGAGGUGAAAACAGUAAAAGUUAGCAACCUUUCAUUAAACGCUUUGAAAAGAGAGAUCACAGAGUUCUUUAGUUUCUCAGGGGAUAUAGAAUAUGUUGAAAUGCAAAGUGAAUCUGAAUGGUCACAGCUUGCUUAUGUCACAUUUAAAGACUCACAGGGAGCAGACACUGCUGUUCUUCUUUCGGGGGCAACAAUUGUUGAUCGUGCUGUCAUUAUAACUCCUGCUGAGAACUAUCAGCUGCCUCCUGAAGCACACAAACAAUUAUCGGGAGCGAACCCCUCUACUGAAUCAGCAGUCAGGAAGGCAGAAGAUGUUGUCAGCAGCAUGUUGGCCAAAGGCUUUGUCCUCAGCAAAGAUGCUCUCAACUUGGCAAGAUCAUUUGACGAGCGUCACAACAUCCUAUCCAAUGCUACCGCCACUGUUGCAUCUCUAGACCGCCAGUAUGGCCUGAGUGAAAAGAUCAAUCUGGGAAGGGCCAUUGUUGGCAGCAAGGUCAAGGAGGUGGAUGAACGCUACCAGGUCUCAGAACUCACAAAGUCUGCCUUGGCUGCUGCUGAGCAGAAAGCCAGCGUUGCGGGCUCUGCUAUAUUGAGUAACCAAUAUGUUUCAGCUGGUGCCUCGUGGCUAACAAGUGCAUUCGGUAUGGUAACAAAAGCAGCAGGUGACAUGACCUCCAUGGCCAAAGACAAGGUAGAGAGAGCUGAGGAGGAGAGAAAAGCCAUCAUGUGGGAGGAGAGGAAUGGGCUGGUCAGCGAGUAUGCAAAGAUCCAUCUUGACGAGCCCUCUUCAUGGGAGCCCGCAGUUCUGCCUUUGGAAUCAGUGGAUGAGCAGAAACUCCAGACUGUCUGA